AUGCUCUGGGCGUUCAGCAUCCUGGCGCUGCUGCCCGUAUACCUCACGUUCCUGCCGGGCGUCGCGCCGAAGCAGCUGCCGCUCAUCCCCCACACACACCUGGACGUCGUGUCCGGCGCCGCCGCAGUCGUGUCUUUUGUGGCGGAGCUCUUCAUGCUCAAAGCCCUCCUCGU